AUGCCUGACGAAAAACCUCCGACAGCUGAGCCUCGAAAGAGAGGUCGUCCGCGGGUUAUCACAGAUGAUAAGGAGGUACCCGAGAGACGUCGCAAGCAGCUCCGCGUCGCUCAACAAGCCUAUCGCAAACGAAAAGAGACAACUAUCACUACCUUACAGACUCGCGUGGCAGACCUAGAAUCAGGCAUUGAGAAACUCAGCCAGUCCUUCCUAUCGUUCAGUACUCUUCUAAUCGAAGAGAACCUACUGAAUUCUCACCCAAAUAUUGCCUCUGCACUCCAAGAUAUCACUCGACAAUGCGUAUCACUCGCCCAACAAAGCUCCAAUGAAUCAGAUCAACAAGGCUCUACCGAAGUUGUGGAGGAGUUGCCCCGAAAUGGACCCAUCGUCCCACAAGUUGCGGUCAAUCUAGACUUUGACGCGGAAAUUGUCAGCUCGGACUUUACACUCAGUUCACUUAGCUCUCAAAGUUCACCGACACCAUCUAUGAUGGGUAUCAACCAGUGGACGGAUCUAUCAUUUCCUCCUACACCACCUUACCAAGAACAAACCAUGCUCCCGUUCGGAAUAGUUUUAUCAGAACCCACCUUACCUCCCUCACUACCAAUUCCACAGAUGUCAAUGUCUCCUGAAAAUCUAAUACAGCAAAGACCGUGGACCCUCACACACCAUAUUGUGCGAGAAUGCAGUUACCAGGGUUAUAGAUUACUCGCUUAUGCACCGCACGAUGCCGCAAGGAUUCAACGUGUGUUUGGCACUGUUCUAACGAAAUCGGAGCGCGACAAUAUCAUAUCUGGAUUCUAUAGCGUCAUUACUGAUUAUGUGGGGGAUAUGGUUGACCAGCGCACCAAAGUUCUGAGUCCCCUACAUCCCAGGAAAGAUGUCUUCUCUUUGGACCAGCUGGCACAUAGUUCCAGAUCGUGGCAGCUAGUUGCUGAGUCCGGUCCUGGUCAAUGGCUAGAUGCCUGUGGAGUGCAGCGUUUUCUACAAGAAAGGGGGAUUGAUAUCCAACCUGACAGUACACAAGACUCUGGUUUCCGAAUCAAACCAGGCUUUGCAUUUGAUGUCAACACUUUUAUAAGGGGUGAGUGGUUCUUCCUUUCUUAA